UGGCCACGACAAUUAAUAUAAAUACCCUCUUCAUCUUAUUCUUUUGGGGAGAAAAACCUACAGAACCUGCAGUAGCCGCACCAGCACAAAAAGGGCAGCCCUUUGGGCUGCUCUCUUCUCCCUCCUUCCCCUCCAUUUUUCCUCUUUUCUUUAUAAUUUCUUUUGAGAUUUGAAGAACUACUCACACAAAGCUUCAAAGAUCUAUCAAGGAGCUCAAUCUCUACAAGAUUCAAGAUUUGGGUAUUUUGUGGGGUUGUAAUUCAAGGCUAGUCAUGCUAGCUCCAUAGCUAUUUGUGACUAUCUUUGUUUUCUCUUACACUUCUCUACUCUUUGCUAUUUGAAUUUUGUAAUUUUGAUGUUCAUUAAUAUGGGUUGUGAGUAGUUACUUUUGGGAGCUAGGGUUUCUAACUCUAGCUCAAUUUUGAUGUAAUUGACAUAUUUUUCAAGUGAUAAAUAAUGUAUUUUCAUAUGGGUGCACUCUAAUUACUAUGUCAAUUGAUUCUUGAUGCAUGAAUUUUAGGGAAUUGACCACUCUCUUUGUUAUGUGUUGAGAUUUGUGUUGUGUGAUACAAUUGGUGGUUCUCUUGUUCACUAGCUUCAUGUAAUUAGCGUGGUGUGUCAAGUAGUUGCUUAAUCGAGAAUGAAUGAUUGCCUAAGUUUCUAUUUUCUUGUGCCCUUCGCCUUUAAUCCUAGACGUUGUGGCCCUAACAAGGCAUAAUGAUUAGGGUUAGAGAGUUCAUUCUUGCCUUAACCGGAAGAAUGGAUACCAAAUAAGAGAAAUUGACUUAGUGGCCUUAACCGGCAUUAGGUAGAGAACUAAGUAAUCGUUACAUUUUAGGUUGUAACUAUUGCAUGCUUAAAUCCCUAAUUUCUAGAGCUCUACGCCUUUAGUUCAUGUUUUGGUAACCCUGAUAAGGUACUAAUUCCUGAGUUAGAGAGUUCAUAUUUGUCCUAACCGAAAAUGUGAAUACACUUAAGGAAAUUCGGCUUAGUGGCCUUGACCGGCAUUAAGUACGGGAUUUGGUUCUCAUGAAGAUAUAUUGUUUGUUUGCUUGAAAUGUGUUCGUUGCAUUGAAAUUUCUAGAGAGUGAUCCCUAGUACCCAAACCUAUCUCUCUUUUAUUUUUAUUUUCUUUGUUUUUAAUUGUUGUUGUUAAUUUAGUUUUUGACUUAGUCUUUUUAGAAAAUUAAAUCACAAUGUUUAAUGACAAUUUCUACCUCAUUGUAAAUAGUCAUCAUUAGGCUCUUAGUUUUGAUUAGGCUUUGGUGAAAACCAAAGCCGAGCAUUGCUAAGGCUUGGUGCCUUAGAGUAGCAUUUUUAUUUGUUUUCUUUUUCUUUAUUUUUCUUUUGUUUGCUUAGUGACUUUAGUUCCGACUACCUAAGGAUUGUGGGUUAGCCACUAAUCCCCGUGGUACGAUAAACUUUGGGCUCAAUAUUUCCCUAUCUUGACAACGAUACGUACGCUUGCGUAAUUGUGUAUCAAGUCAAGGACUCAUAAUCUAUUGGCCUCUAUUGUUAUGUGGUUAGGACGAAGAGAAAGGAGAGAGUACAAAAAACACAUCAUAUUUUCUGGUGGGACGAGGUGAAAGAGCAAAGGCAGAGGGCGAAAAUGACCAGAAUCACAGCACUGGAAAAGAAAAAAGGACAGACAGCUGAACAACAGCCACAGGAGGAAGUGAUACAUGAUUUGACGAUUAAUGUGGAUGACGAGGAACAAACAGAAAAAAACGAAAUUGAAGUGAUAGAUUGGCAAAACCGACAACUGUACAAGCUACUUGACAGCCCAACUAAAAGCAAAUUAGAGAAGUACUGGAACAAGGCAGAACAAAGCGUAUUAUUCUGGGAGGGAAAAGAGGCUGGAAGCGAAAUCACAAGGGCAGAUGUCAAAAUGUUCAUAAGCGAUCAAUCAAUAGCAAACAACUGGAUUGAUUGCUAUGGGAAAAUGUUGAAGGAUGAACUGUAAAACGAAAGUUCACAAAGUUUGGGAAGAUCUGCUUUUAUGCAUACCAUGUGUUGGUAUUCGACAAUACAUUUAACUGUGAGAAACCUCCAUCAAUACUUGUGUGAGCCGCUGUUCCAAAACAUGGGAAAAUGCAGCAUGCUUUUCUUCCCAAUUACCCAUAAUGAAGAAUUUCACCACACGCUCUUGGUCUUUGACAAGGACAUACCGCAAUGGCUGCAUUUUGAUUCAAUGAAACCAAGAACAGCAGGAACAAGGGAGUGCUUUAAAAGUAUAAAAAAAUUGGUUGAAAUGGUCGAGCUGUGGAUGAGAGCAGUGAAAGAUCAAGCAGACGAUAUGCUGCAGCAAGGCUGCCGAAUGAAAUUUGACAAGAGUCAAAGCACUCACACAAAAUUAAAGAUGGUUGAAAGUAUUUUGAGCGAUGAAGAGAUAAGAACAAUAAGGUGGAUAAAGGAAAAUUAUGAUGGUGGAAGGAUCGCUUUGAACCAUGCCAGAAUCUGCCCCCAACAAGACCAAGGAUCAUUAGAUUGCGGACCUUUUGUAAUGUAUUACAUGGACAGAAUGGCAAAAGAGGAGAAGAUGCCAAACAAAGUCACCAAAGCUCAGAUGAUGAAGUUCAAAGCUCAAAUAUUCAAAAAAUUUGCAGAACAUAAGCAGAGCUGGAACUCAGCAAAUUAAGAAUUUUAGAAAUUUGUUUGUUUAGUUCAGAAUUUCAGAAAUUUGUUGUUUAGUUCAGACUAUGACUUGUAUGGAUCUUUUUAUUCAAGAUUAAU